GACGUCCAUUGUCCCCGUCAUUGUACUUCGUCGGAAUCUCAGAAUAUGCAUGGAGUCAAACGCGUCGUCUACACGCCAGAGGCGCUGGAGGCCAAGAAGAAGCGCGAGCAGGCGAGACUACAAGAGUACCUUGCCCUCUCUGAGGCCGUCUUGAGCAAGAAACGGGCGCGCGAGAUCUCUAAGGAGGCGUUCGAUCUAACGACGAAGAUGCUCGAGAUUAACCCCGAAUUCUAUUCUGUGUGGAACUACCGGCGCGAUAUCAUGACGAAGGGCCUCUUCCCCGAGACCACUAAAGAGGGAAUCAACGAUCUUCUCUCGGCUGACCUGGCGCUUACUACCGCCGCCUUGCGAGCCCAUCCUAAGGUCUACUGGAUAUGGAAUCACCGCAGAUGGUGUCUCGCGAACGUCCCUGAUGGUCCCGGAACGUCCGAAGAAGGGGACGUCAAUGGAUGGCGGCAGGACUACUGGAACAAGGAGCUCUAUAUCGCCGAGCGGAUGCUGGAGGUCGAUGCACGCAAUUUCCACGCAUGGAACUACAGGCGAUAUGUCUCGGCCAAUAUGCCCGUUCCAAGACCCGCCAUGAACGAGAUCGACUACACGAUGCAGAAGAUCAAGUCCAACUUCUCCAACUUCAGCGCUUGGCAUCAUCGCUCGAAAGUCUUGCCAACCUUAUGGCAAAGUGGCGCAUUGAACCCGAAGGCCUCCCGUGAGACUGAGUUUGACUUGGUGCGGAACGCGAUGUACACAGAUCCCAACGACCAAAGCGUCUGGAUGUACCACCGAUGGCUCGUCGGACCUGGUGACGACCGAGAGGUUCUCGAGCGCGAGAUAUCUGCAAUACAAGAGUUGCUGGAAGCCAUUCAAGAUGAGCCAGACGAGGGGUCCAACGUAAAAUGGUGCAUGGACUCCCUUGUGCAUUACAAGCGACUUCUCUUGCGAAAGAACUCGGGAGCGGUUGACACUGAUGAGCUCAGAGGAGAAUGCCUUCAGCUCCUCGAAGACCUGCAACAAAAGGACCCUGCGCGACGGCAACGAUACCGAGAUAUAGGCGCUCAUCUUGACCGUGCCGUUCCGUGCUAAGACCUAAACAGCAUACUCGUCCUGUGGUCGCAUACUACUAUGCAAUAAAUGUCGUCUCACUCUCAAUCGCGUAUUCCUGGCGACCAAACUAUAUUCCCUUAUGCAUUAUGAUGGUACAGAUUUACAAGAACGGGUGCCGUCCGGCACAGGUGCAG